AUGGAUUUCAAGAUGCACGAGUUUACCCACGCUCUAGUGGGCAAAGCUACUCCUGGGUCCAGCUCUGGAGAUGGUAUUGAAUUCGACGAAGUACGGCGUCAACAUGAGUGCUAUUUGAGACUGUUGAGGGAGUUGAAUUUAGAAGUGGUUGAAGUUAAUUUGCAAGGUUCAUUGAGUGAUAAGCUCUUGCUGGAAAAUCUAGCAAUUGCUUGCCAUGGUAUUGCCCUUCUGCCAAGGAACAAUUCGUCGGUUGAAGCUUACAAUACAAAAAUUUUAAAAGAAAUAUUGCAAAACGAAUUGGGCCAGACUGUUAUUGAUCAAGUAGAUCCCGAUGCCAAUAUUUCGUGUGCAGAUGUGUUGUUCACAGGCCGAGAGUUCUUUGUUGGCAUAUCUGAAAACACAAAUGAAGCUGGAGCUAGUGCUGUAGCUGAAACAUUUCCUGAAUUUCCAUGCACACCUAUAAAGAUAUCCAAAGGUUGUAAAGAAUUAAAGAAGUAUAUUACGAUGGCGGGCCCUGAUGUCCUAUGUGUUAGUGCUAGCAAGGAAGCCAAAGAAUUGCUUAAGAGGAUCGAACGUGAGGCUAACUUUACCUAUCAAACUUUGACGGUUCCAGAAGACGAAGCUGCCAACUGCGUUUAUGUUAAUGGUACUUUAAUACACAGGGCUAUUGAGGAAAUCCCUGAAGCAUUCAAGGUGUUCUGUGAAAAAAUCGACUUCGCUAGAAGAUCCAUCUGUUUUUCGGAGUUUGCGAAGAUGCAGGCUGGUUUGAGUUCGUGUUGCUUGCUAGUAAGGAAACCUUAA